UGUUUACACUUUUGACUUUAAUCGACUAUCAACAUACACAGUUGCAAUUUGCAUUGAUUAAUUAGUUAAUCAUUGUUAUUUAUUAUCCGUCUACCUACUUCAAGUGUGUUUUUUGUAAUUCCAGUUUUGUGAAAAUUAUUAAUAGUAUACAUCUAUACUAUAAAGUAUUUUAUUAAACUAUUAUACUUUUAUCCUUUUUAACAUUUUUAUUCAAACUGGCGUCUUUUGAUGAAGCUAAUGAGUUUGAAAGUAAGAAGCGAAAGAAACACAAGCGAGAUAAAUAUGAAGACAAAGAAAAACCAGGUGGUUUAAAAUUGAUUUUAAAAGUGGGUAGUGGGAGUUGCUUACCUACUGAUGAAGUAGUUAAUAAUGGAAAUCAUGAAAUGGAGGAUUAUUUAACAAAAUCACAUAAAAAAAAGAAAAAGAAACACAAGCAUCAUAAAGAAAAAAAAAAGAGGUUGCGGGAUGAUGUCAUAAUGCAUGAAGAUGUGAGUUUAGGUGAAGAAACUCUAGCAGAAGCACCGUUGUCAAAGCGUAAUGGAGAUUUGGGUAAUGAAAACCGAUUGCCAUUGAAAUAUGAUGAGUCUCAAGUUGUUUCAAAUGAAUGGGUAUCAGAUGAUGCUAAUAACCUUAAUGAAAACCGCCAGACCUUGCAACAAUUACUAACACAUUUGUUGAGAGCCUUAGAGCGCCGUGACCCACAACAAUUAUUUGCUUGGCCAGUGACUGAUCGCAUUGCACCUAAUUAUUCUCGUAUGAUAUCUAAACCAAUGGACUUUGAAACAAUACGAAAAAAUAUUCAAGGCAAUCGCUAUGGUAGUCUUAACGCAUUUUUCGCUGAUAUCAAACUGAUGUGUGAGAAUGCCAUGACAUACAAUCAACCAGAAACCAUUUACUACAAGCAAGCUAAACGUCUUCUUCACGCAGGUUUAAAACUUACUGGUCCUGAAAAAUUGAAAGCUUUGUUAACUGCAUUGCCUGGAAUGGCGAAUAUCCCACCAUCUCAAUUGGGUUUUGAUAUUAAUCAGGAUUACCAUGGAGAUACGUCAAAUGAUACAAUAAUUGAAAAUAAUGACCGCUCAUCUGAAAGACUCCUUGAUAUUGAUCAAUCAAACCAACGCAAAUUAUUAUCAAAGUUUGAAGCAAUACCUGAUAAUAUGACACCUGAAGAAAUCCUUAAACAAACACAAAAUGCUGCUAAAACUGCUUCUGACAAAUUGGCUACUAAAAAUACUAAGAUGGGAUUUUUAAAACAACAAAACAAUGGAUCUACAUCUUUGUCAAUCUUAGUUCCAAAUGAUGGUAUUAAUCCAGAAACAGGAGAACGUCCUGUUCUUUUAGGAUCAUUAAUUGGAAAACUUACUCAUGGAGUUGGAUCACUCUCAGGCUUUCGUGAAGAUAGACGUAAUAUGGUGAAAACUGUAAAACCUUUAUAUUAUGGUGCAUUUGGUUCUUACGCUCCUACAUAUGAUUCAACAUUUGCCAAUAUAACAAAAGAAGAAUCUGAUUUGGUUUUGAGUACGUAUGGAGAUGAAGCAUCUGCACAAUAUGCAGAGAGUAUCUUAAAUUUCACCAAGGAUUCUGAUUAUGCUAUGACUAUGGCUGAUAACUUGCUUGAUUUAAUGACUGGUGGAGAUCAUAGAAAAACAAAACGUAUCUUAGAAGACCGAAAAAAACAAAAAAAUAUAAAUGAAGACAGUAAGAAAUCUAUUCAACUACAGCAACCUGGGUCUGUUCAACCAUUAGUUAAUUCACAAGUUAAUAUUGGGUUAUCAAAUAAUAUAUCUACAAAUAAUCAAACAAAAACAGCACCAAUACAAAUUGACCAAUUAAAAUCACUAUCCGAGCUGGGAAUUGAUACAAAAUUUAUUGACUAUUUCCAAGAGCAAAGUGUAUUUCAAGAUAGAUUAGAUCAAGUUGGUGGUUUAUUAGGCCGUUUACAAAAUGUACAAAACCAACGACUUAGUGCUCCUCUUCCACAACAUCUUUCCCAAAUUGCACAGCCUUCUCAACAUGAAAUACAAUUAGCGGAUAAAAUUACUGAAUCGCUGACAGAAAAUUUAAAAAGAGUUCCUCCUUCAGCUGUAAUGUCAGUUACUGGCGUACGAAAAGCAAUGGGAGUGGCCCAAAUAUCUCAGAUAGAUAUUGGACAAAAUAAUUGUCAUUCAUCGAGUGUAGUAAUAGGUUCGUCCAGCCACCAACAAACACAGGUAUCAUUGCUUAAUGAUGGAAUACAAGAACGUGUCGAUGCUGUUGAAGGAACUGUCUCAGGAGUUGAUCUAGAGUCAGAACUUAGAGAAUUUCUUGAAAGUGAUCCAACAUUAACUAGUUUUCCAUUGCAUGACGAAAAUGAUCGAACUAUUGAAGAAAUAUUGUCAGAAUCAUAAAUUAUAAAAAUGUAUUUUAUCUAUAUUAUAUUUAUCUUGUGGAUGUUUGAGUUUGUAUUUUAAGUGGUUAUUAGCAUAUAAUAAUACUAGUAGUAAAGUUUUUAUGACACUAAAUAUUAAUUAAAUGUUUGUUUUUAAUUUAUACAUUUUUUUUUAUUGAUUCAAAUAAUUCUUAAAAUAGUAUAAGAACAAAAGUAUAUACUAUAAUAUUACUGUAUUUAUUUUAUAAUCUGCUGAUAUCUAGACAUAAAACUUGCAUUUUAUUAAUUACUUAAUGUAAAGUUGAAUUAGAAGUAAAUGUAAAUAAAAUGUCAAACACAUUAGAAA